AACUACGAAGCAGUUACAAUGAAAAUUUCCCUGCAUGUUCCUGAUCAUUGUUAUAACACGCAAAUAUGUAUAGACGCGUUAAGCAACUUAUGCCGCAAGAACUUCAGACGUAUAUUGUCUAUAUAUUUUUGUUUUUUUGAGCAACUCGUGUAUUGUCUAUAUAUAACAAUCGAAAUCUUGUAUUGCCUACACGUUAAUUAGAAACACUUACGAGAGAAAAGCUUCAUUUACUCCCCGAGAGGUUCCAUAAAAUGGCCAAGAAAAUCUUGAUGUCGGUAAAUAUGAGGUGCCAAAAAUGUCGCUCAGCAGCUCUUAAGAUCGGAGGCCAAACCACUGGAGUGACUUUUGUGGGGUUAGAAGGAGAAGAUAAAGAUCAAGUGGUGGUGAUCGGUGAAGGAAUCGACGCCGCCGGUUUGGUCCUCCGGCUACGCAAGAAAGUCGGUUUUGCUGACCUUAUUAGCGUCACUGAUGUUGACACUUCCUAGAAUAAAAGCGAAAUCAUCUUUCCCACUUUUUUUUUUGCAAUCCUUUUCAGUAAUCAUACCCUUUUUUUCUCGAUGAAGUCUGUUUCACUAAUCUUCUUUCUCUUUCGCACCAUUGCUAUCAUUCCACUGUUUCUUUAUUCAAAUAUUUACUUGUAUAGUUAUAACAUAGUGUUAAAAAGGACUAUCUUAAUUCUUAUUUUUGUUUUUUCUUUGUUUUUCAAAUAUUCGAUCUUAUUAUUUGAUUAGUAAGCAUGCUUUUGUGUUGCCGAAUUCAAUCAAAUGCAGAUGACCAAAUAUAUAUGAUUUGGAUUAUGUUUGAAUUAUGUUUGCUCUGCUUCUUGUCAUCUAUGUUUAUAUAUAAAAAAUUGAAAAACUGGUAAUGAAUUUAACAUUUUUACUAAAAA